UUCCCCUCUUGCAGCCUAGUUCUGCUCCUCAUCUUUACGAAUCGUAACGUUGCAACCAAUCAGAAUCGCGCCGACCGGAGACGCUAAUUAGAUAAUUGGAUUUCAUUUUGUUCAGUGAAGUGCAUGGAAGGGGGGGGGCCAAAAAAAAAACAAAAAAACCAAGGUGAUAUCUCUGCACGUCUGAGGGUAAGGUGGCGUUUUUAUGGCCCCCGGGGCCUCUUCUGAAAGAUAUCGGGGGUAUCCUGCGGAUAAAUAAAAAAAAAGAGACAACCAUCAGACCUCCCUUGUCAGGACUGGAAGGGAUUCUGAGGAGGAGAUUGGAAGAUUACAUCUGCUCUAGUGGGGGGCAAGUAAGCGGCAAGCGUCUUCUAUUCAUUUGUACCAAGUCAAUGUUGGUGGGGGCAGUGCAGGGUUGGGAAUGAUGUUCUUCUCCGACAAGAUGGAAUCCGAGUGCAGCUGCACAGACAAAUGGCUCUGAGAGAAAAACAAGAGGACAGAGGCAGCGAGAAGGAUGGAGGGGAAGGCGAACUGUGAGAGGUUCCCUGCACUGCUGUGUGACUAGAAACCAUAAUUACAUCACAAAGGAGAAAUUAUUUCACUCGGAAAACAGAGCUGCCAGGGGGGGUGGGCUGGAAGCCGCACAUAUACACAGCGACUGGGAGUCCGGAGUGGGGGGGGAGAAUCGCCUGCAGGGCAGCAGGAGAACAGACCCGUCCACCACAAGACAGACAUUUUCUUCAACCUUGUUGGGAUGCAGAACAUGGGACACCUUCCUACCCCCAGUCCAUCGGCCUCCGGAGGGGCACAGAGCUCAGCGCUCGCCAGGGGAUCUGCAUCGUUCUGCCAUGGGCCCUGCAGCUGCUAGGAAGACCCCCGCGCCUCCACAUUUGCAGCAUUAAUUUACGGACAAGGCGCCCAUCUGCCGUUAACCCUCCAGCCUGAGUAUUUUUGAAUUUUUUUUUUUUUUUACAGAAUUUUUUCCUUUUUUGUUUGUUUUUUGUUUCUCCUCUAUACAUCAUUUUUUUCUCCGGAGCCGAAGGUGCUGGUGGUGGUGUUGGUGCGGUGGGGGGAGUUUUGGUCGUGAUUAAAUCCCCUCAGAGAUGCAUGAGGGAGGAGGUGGAGGAGGAGGCGAGAGGAGCAUUUCAAAGGAUGUGAGCCAGACCUGGAGAUGGGAGUUGAAUAAUACGAAGCUUCGAGCGCUGACGUGUACACUGAAAAUUGACAGGGAUGUAGAACCAGCACACCAGAGACGUGAGGCAUUCGUACCUUCCUGGAGAGAGAGUAUUGAACUAUGAAAAUAGAAGAUGGUCACCAACCAUUGCACCCACAGGAUGCUUGGUUUGAAGAUUUUUAGAAUGAUUUUGAAGCAAGUUUUACUUAUCUCAUGGGUCUCAUCCCUGGCCCUGGGAGGAACAUCUCCAACGUCUUGUCCCGCCGCCUGUUCUUGCAGCAAUCAAGCCAGUCGAGUGGCUUGUACACGGAAAGAACUGAUAGAAGUGCCCGAAAGCAUCUCAGUCAAUACGCGAUACCUGAACCUUCAGGAGAACACUAUUCAGGUGAUCAAAACAGACACUUUUAAGCACCUCCGACAUUUGGAAAUAUUACAGCUCAGCAAAAACCUUAUUCGUAAGAUUGAGGUGGGAGCUUUUAAUGGACUCCCAAACUUGAGCACAUUGGAGCUUUUUGAUAAUCGCUUGACCACUGUUCCUACUCAAGCCUUCGAAUAUCUGUCCAAGCUAAGGGAGCUGUGGCUAAGAAACAAUCCCAUCGAAAGUAUCCCGUCAUAUGCGUUCAACAGAGUCCCUUCUUUGAGACGACUCGAUUUGGGAGAACUGAAGAAGUUGGAGUAUAUUUCCGAAGCUGCUUUUGAGGGUCUUGUGAACUUGAGAUACCUAAAUCUGGGCAUGUGCAAUUUAAAAGAUAUACCCAACUUAACGGCAUUGGUCAGACUGGAAGAACUCGAGUUGUCUGGCAAUCGUCUAGAAAUGAUUCGUCCCGGCUCCUUCCAGGGUCUGAGUAGCCUGAGAAAGUUGUGGCUGAUGCAUGCUCAUGUGGCCACCAUAGAGCGCAAUGCCUUCGAUGACUUGAAAUCAUUGGAGGAACUUAAUCUUUCUCACAACAAUUUAAUGUCUCUUCCCCAUGAUCUUUUUACUCCUCUUCACCGCCUGGAGCGAGUACACCUUAACCAUAAUCCUUGGCAUUGCAACUGUGACAUUUUGUGGUUAAGCUGGUGGUUAAAGGAGACUGUGCCAAACAAUACGACCUGUUGUGCGCGUUGUCAUUCCCCACCAAACCUAAAAACUAGAUACAUAGGGGAACUAGAUCAGAGUCACUUCACCUGCUAUGCCCCGGUAAUAGUGGAGCCUCCCACUGACCUUAACGUCACCGAGGGCAUGGCCGCUGAGCUUAAAUGCAGAACUGGCACGUCAAUGACAUCGGUCAACUGGUUAACACCAAAUGGGACAUUGAUGACUCACGGUUCUUAUAGAGUACGUAUCUCUGUCUUACACGACGGCACGCUGAAUUUUACAAAUGUUACGGUACAGGACACAGGACAAUACACUUGCAUGGUCACUAAUGCGGCAGGAAAUACGACAGCAUCUGCUACUCUUAAUGUCUCUGCUGUCGUUGACCCAGCAACCACUGACUAUACCUACUUUACAACAGUUACUGUAGAAACUAUGGAUUCAUCCCCGGAGGAAGUGAAGCCUGCUGAGAAAGAGCCUGGUCCAACAACAACAACAGUUCGAUGGGGGAUAACAUACUCUACCACGUCCCUCACGCCUCGAAGCACCCGCUCCACCGAGAAGACAUUUACUAUCCCUAUAACCGACGUGACGGAGAACAUCAUGAAAGACCUAGACGACGUCAUGAAGACCACCAAGAUCAUCAUAGGGUGCUUCGUGGCCAUCACCUUUAUGGCAGCCGUCAUGUUAAUCGCCUUUUACAAACUCCGGAAACAGCACCAGCUACACAAACAUCAUGGGCCAACACGAACUAUAGAAAUUAUUAAUGUGGAAGAUGAAUUACCAGCCACUGCCCCCGGAGACAACCACAUGGCACUCCCGGCUAUUGAGCAUGAUCACCUUAACCAUUAUACGGCAUUUAAGUCCCAUUAUAACAACAAUACAGGAACACUUAACUGUGCCAAAAACCCCAUGCUGAACUCCAUUCACGAACCCCUUCUGUUCAAAAGCAGCUCGAAGGAAAAUGUGCAAGAAACACAAAUUUAGCUCCGCCGAAUGAGACUGCUACAAAGUGGGUCAAACUCUUUUUUGUGUGCCGAGAGUGCGAGAAUGAAGAAGAACCCCAGUAAACAACCGCGAAAAAAAGCGAGAGAUUAUCUCUGGGUUUAACAGUCUCACAAUACUCCAUCUUCCUGUUUCCAAAUACCCAUUGAAAUAGAGGUGCCCCCCAAAAGAAGCACUGACACAACGCGAGGCGGAGACUCUUUUGAUAACUUUAAAACAAGGGGUAAAUUCAUUCUCUGACUACCUGAUGUAUUACUAAAAAACACAAAAAAAAACACAAAAAAAAGUGAAAAGGGAAAGUUAUGAAAAGGAAAAAAAGUAUGAAAAUGCUUAUUUUGUGGUACAGCUCUUUACGUGUAAAUUCUAUUUCAGAUCUAUUUUCAUCAAAGAGGUUAAGAACAGGAAAAUAAAAAAUCAUUCGAGAGAUUUCUGAAGGAGAUUUUUUUUUUAUUAUUAUUAUUAUUAUUUUUUUUUUAAAUAGCGCCACUAAGGAGUGUCUGCCGAAUCCUCCUGGUCGGUGACAAGCAGUGACAUCUUUUUCUCCAAGUAGAAAAAAAAAUAUAUAAAAAAUACAAAUAGAUUUUUUUUUUUUCGCCAUUCACUCAUUACCAUGGGUGCCUGCGACGACCAAGAAAAGUAAAUGCAGUACAGGCCCCAGUGAUUGUAAGAUGGUUUUUAAUUGUAAUAGUUUGGACAAUGUGUAACAAGUCGAGAACUUGAGUAUUUGCGGGAAGGAAUUGGGAGGAAAGUUUUGUUCCUAGCCACUUGAUGUCACCGUCCUUCUCUGAGGGUUUUCAUGACGCUUUUUUUAAAAUAAAAAUAAAAAAAUAAACACACAAAAAAAAAAUUUAAAUAAAUAAAAUAACAAAAUAUCAAAAAAGGUGUUUACAACCUUGAAGAGAACUUUAUUUUCAAAGGUACUGUGCCAUAUAACCCUUUACAGAUGUGCCAAUUAUCUUCAGAACUUUACAUAAAAUGAAAACUGUAUGAAAAAAAAAUGACGAAAAAAAAAAAACGGUUUUUACUAAAUAUUUUUGUUUUUGGGAAAAAAGGAUCACGGAGAACUUUUGAAAUUUCUGUCACAGGAAUAUUUGGGCCAGUUAUUUUGUCUGGAUUUCUAUCAAAAAAAAAAAAAAAGUGUAAGGUGUGUGAAAUAAUGAAGUUAAUAUGAACUUUUUAAGUCCUCCCUCUUUUUUUUUUUUUUUUUCUCUCGGGUGGGUGAUUAGUUGUUUUUAUUUUUUUUAUUUUAUUUUUAAUUUUUUUGGAAGAUUUUGGUUGGGUGGGAAAUGUAUUCUUGUUAUAAGAACAGAAAAAAAAGAUUAUAAUAUGUCUGUGGCUCUUUAUUGAGACAGAAAGUUAACAAGCUAAGUUGGUGACAUUGCCAAGAGUCUGCAACAAAAGUAUAAUAAAAAUAAUGAAAAGAC